AUGGCUGCGUCCAAGGUGAAGCAGGACAUGCCUCCUUCAGGGGGGUACGGCCCCGUGGAUUAUAAAAGGAACCUGCCUCGUCGGGGCUUUAGCGGUUAUACUAUGUUUGCUCUGGGUAUAGGAGCCAUGAUCUAUGGAUAUUGGAAAGUUGGCACGUGGAAUAGAGAAAGGAGGCGACUAUACAUUGAAGAGCUGGAGACUCGAAUAGCACUGAUGCCUUUAAUGCAGGCAGAAAUUGAUAGAAGGGUGCUACGGACUUUAAGAAGAAAUUUAGAGGAAGAGGCCAUUAUUAUGAAAGAUGUCCCAGGCUGGAAGGUUGGAGAAUCUGCCUUUCAUACAGACCGCUGGGGUGCCCCCUGUUUUAAAUGAGCUGUACAACCUGCGCCCUAAGAAAGAUUUGCAGCGUGAACAUCAAGAUUUCGUGUGGUAUGUUUGA